UUUGCACUGAUUUUGCACUGCUCUCUACACGAGGCUCAUGAGGCUCAUGAUAUUUUCGAAGACGAGUUCGCCCUCGACUAUGUUCUCUAGUAGGCGUGCUUUUGUCGUGUCUUUUGCUGUUGUGACUUUGUUCACUUUUCUGACGCCCCUUUCUCUUGUCUCUCAUAUGCUCUCUCUUUUCGCUCUUGUCAUAUAUCGCCUUCUUUUUCUCUUUACCCCUCUCGCUAUUGUCAUACUUUGUUUUCCCCUUCACCUUCCCUUCGUCCACUUCGUGCUUCUUCUUACUCGGUCUACCUUCCCUUAUCCUCCUUGCUUCCUUUCUCUCUUCCAGCGUCCCCCUACUUCUCCUCUCCUUUUUCCGUUGCUGGUGCUCGUAGUCCUUUUUCCCCCAUUCCAUGCAGUUCUUGAUGUGCGUAGCAUACCCGAGCGUCAGGUCCUUUUUGAACUUGUACGUGGGCGGCGGUCCUACAGGCGGGUCUUUCCAGCCACGUCGACCUCGGACGAGCGGCUCUCCCUUCGAGUUGAAUCUCUGUUUGUGUUUUCGCUGAGCUUGUUUUUGCUCUUUGGGUUCUUGGGUAUGUUGCUCGACGUCAGGCGGUUGGUGGGCAGAGUCCCGUCUGUAAAGAGAGGCGUUGCUCGGAGCAGCUGCUCCGCUCAUCAUAUAUCGCGGAUCUUUGUUAUCGAAGUUUGUUACGCCUGAUACGAGUGAAGCCUCCUCAGAGACUGGAUCGUUGUGCCUGAUCGAUGGGGCUUGUUGUGGACCACUGCGGACUUGUGAUCUUGCUUGUUCGGAGACGUAUCGUUCUCGUGAUCUGUGUUCUUUUGCCCAGCCUUGCUGUUCUUUUCUCCUUGUCCGGUAGAUUCUCAAGGCUUCGACUAAUGUCUCCAAGAUGUGUAGGCAGGUGAUCGAGCUAUCAGAUUUCUUCUUGCGGGUUUCGGUCAUUCCUGCGUGGGAAUUUGCAGUUUUGUAUGU